AUGGCGGCAGUGACGCUAGCCAACAUGAGAAAACACGUCCUGCUUCAUAAGCUGAUUUUGAUAGAGUUACUCCUGGCAAUACCCCAUGGUACCUUCAUUUUUGCGCAUUCUCCCGCCUACGAGUGGUAUCUCUCCUUUACGGCCAUUGGGUUGACGGUCUCGUGGAGUCUGCACAAUGUGGUUGCGUGGAUGAAGAACAAGCCAUUUCUGUCCCGCCGAGUAUCCCUUUUCUACAUCUCGACCGUCAUCCUCGCGCAGCUUUACUGGGUGGUAGAAAUCUACGCCAACUUUGCUUACUUCCGGAACGGCAAUCCCAUCUACCAGACCACCCGGCCCAUGGAGCCACUUUUUCGUGACCCCUGGUGGAUUUUCACCUCGAUCUCCCUCGUCUGUACCAUCAAAUCCGUGUAUUCGUUCGGUAUUGUGGAGCUGAUGAUUGUCUCCCCACGGUUCGGGAUCAUGCUGCUGUCCAUGUGUCUCUCGAUUAUCUUCAUGAUCAUUGAAACGUGCAGUGUGCUGCAUGCGUUCAAUGCGGCCGACCUGCCCACCGGAAUCCAGCCGUUCUGGAAAUUGUCGUUCGUCUUCAAGUGCCUCUGCGACACGGUCAUUCUGGAUGACUUCAAGUCCGCGCUGGACCACAUCCGGUCCCACCGAUUCCAGAGAACCAUUCCAACAGACGAAGACUCGAUGUGUCGGCACAGAAGCCCCCAACAGGCGGAUGUGGAGGCCGGGUUUGACCUGAACCCGAGGCUCACUGUGCACCCCAAGCGGGGCCAACCAUUGCCCAGAGUGGUGCUGCGAGAAGAUGCUGGGAUUCGUUAA